CAAGAGAUUCAUCUUGAUCUAUAAUCCAAUUAAUCAAUACUAUAAUCCUCAAAGGCUGCGAGAAAGCGUCGGAAUCUAAUUACUAUAUUCAGCACAAAAAGUUCAAGACUGAGCGGGAGAAUCGUUUCAUAACAUCCUGAAGCUCGUUUUUCACUGUGAAAUAUUCGGAAAGACUUGCAUGGAUUGACCAACUCCCUCCGGCGAUUAUUGUCAAUGCGCAGAAUAUUAGAAGAUUGUGAAAGUGUUUCAUCUUGGCUUCUUAUCCGUACUUGUACAAAAUUCCCUUCCCGGGGGGUUACGUCGUACUUUCCCCGAGGUGAUGUGCUGGAAGCAACCGAAGACUUCGUCCCACGAAUUGGCUUUCUGGAAGUAAGCCAAGAGUUAGUUGCUGGUCGAUCUACUUUGUUGGUUUCUGUGGAAAACUAAGCAAGAAAAGAACAAUGGGACUCGAAGACAUCAGCGGAUUCUUGAUGGGGCUCGCAACCGGAACACUAAUGGGUGGUGCGUUGGGUUUCAUGUUUGUGGGUGGUCCCCAACCGCAGCAACACUUCGUCCAAGAUGGCGGAAGUAAUUUUGCAGAUCCGACUUCCGGCGAGUACCUGGCGGCGAGGCGAUCAACAAAUAAGACCAUGCCCGUGAAACCGGUCAUGAAACCCGGUACUAUUGUCACCCGUGGUGGCGCGUACCAUAACCCUGACAGAACAAUGGGACUCGAAGACAUCAGCGGAUUCUUGAUGGGGCUCGCAACCGGAACACUAAUGGGUGGUGCGUUGGGUUUCAUGUUUGUGGGUGGUCCCCAACCGCAGCAACACUUCGUCCAAGAUGGCGGAAGUAAUUUUGCAGAUCCGACUUCCGGCGAGUACCUGGCGGCGAGGCGAUCAACAAAUAAGACCAUGUCCGUGAAACCGGUCAUGAAACCCGGUACUAUUGUCACCCGUGGUGGCGCGUACCAUAACCCUGACAGGGAACCCGUGGCGCCGGGCGGCGAUGCUCCGACCGCUCUAAUGAAUGACGCUGGCAAAGGAGGCCACAUGACACAGCANAAAUGUGUAAUGGAGCGAUCGAUUGAGUUGUUCCGCUGGGUGCUGGCAGAGCUCGCAAAAAGGAAGACGGGUCAGGAAGGGGACCCUGGGACCGAUGGGUUCAUGCAGUCCUUGUUUGCCCUGGGUGCUGCAGGUUUCAUCGGACUGGUUCUUGUGAUCUUGCGAGAGGGGCCAGGGCCACUGUCACCUUUCGUGCCGCAUAAAUCCUGCCCUGGACUUGAAGAUUCCAGCAACAGAAUGCGGGGAACGACGUUGCACGAUUCUGCCGUCAAUCAGAGGAAGCAGAACAACCAAGCUGGCGCGGAAAGUUCGAGAAGCAAUUAUCGCAUCGCUGCGUUUCGGGCGCUGGCCGACCGAACCCUGUUCAGAACCCGUUGGCCACGUAAACCCCUCGCGGAUUCCAGCAAAAAUUCCCCGAAUUCCCUCUUGAGGCCCUUCAAAUCCUGUCCCCACCGAUUUCACGCCAUUCCAGCGAAAAACGACAGGGACAGCGCGGGACUUGAUCAAUUUUCCAACAGCAAGUCACAAAUUGACGACCGGUCCGGAUCCGGACGCAAUGCUUUUCGAGGCGGGAGAAAUGAAGCGGUUCGCGUGAUCGGAACUUCCUGCUUUGGGUAUCGAACAGUCGUCUCCAACUUUGCCAAUUCCACGGAGAAGCUCAUCGGAAGAUGGCCGACUUUGCACAAAGUGACCAGCAAUGAGCAGAAAACUGAAGAGGAAACUGCUGUCACUGCUCCAGCUACGAUGUCGGAGGAUAAUAAUUCGCGAGUUUCUGUUGGAUUAUCUGCCUACGUCGUCUCUGACCAUCAGAUUGGUGCUGGAACAUCGCCAGGAAACUCUCCAAGGAUGUCUGGGGAACCCAGUUCGGCGGGUUCUCCAAACGCGGAAGCAGAAAUCUCUCUGGGAGCAUCGCCGUUCGUGGAACGCGAAGUCGAAAUUCAGGAAAUUGUGGCGGAAAGAUCUGCUUUGAGAGACCUCUGCCCGAGGCUAAAACCAGAACUUGUGGAUAUUUGCACAGGACCUGACUCACGUCUUCCCCUGAGUCCCGUGUCAAACAGGAGCCAGUCAAAAACAUCGAAUAUCCCGAGCAGGUCGGAAAGUUCUUCGAAAACAUUCAAAAGGCGACUUGAGGAUGAGAUGGACAAGCGAGAAAUUUGCGCGGGUCCUGAUACCCCGCUGCCAUCUGUGCCAAUGUCGAUUCGCAGUGGACCCCGAACCUCCAGCUGCAAGGCUGUCAGCCCUGGCUCGGAAAGAAGUCCGAGGAGAUCCUCCAGAUCCUCUGAUCUCCAUCCGGUUUCACCUGGCACUUUAAAAAAUAACAGCUAUCAGUCUUCCGGGAGAGCCAGUGAUGUUGCAGAAGAAUCCAUGAUGUCUGAAGACGAAAAGGAGAUGACAACCAGGCGUACAUCCGAAGACGUCAAAGAAGUGGUAACGAUGAACUCAUCUUCCGAACGUGAUUCUUCCAUUUGCAAAAGGUCGAAAAGAACUUCGAAAAACAGAUCGUCGAAAUCCGUGCGAUCAAUCAAGCUGACUCAGAAAAUAAUGACGACGAAAUGCCCCAAGAAUAAACGCGAAGCCCCGAAAAGCCUCAGCAAGAAUGACGCCGAAGUCCAGUAUUCCAUCAAACCUAGUCCAAAAAUAAGCCGGUCGUCACUCGUUCGUGACUGUGGUGUCCAGUAUUCCCGAACUGGAAGCCCUAAAAUGAGAAACGACGUCAAAUGCGCCCCAGUCGUGCAGCAAACCAACAGCAGGAUCGGCAUUAAUUGCAGCAUCACGCCGAAGCGAGGGAAUAAGCCGAAAAUCUCGACAGAGAACAAUACAAUUCAGAAAGUGCUAGAAGGUGUCGAUCCAACCCUCGAGUCCUGA